CAGGAAAGAGAGAGAGAGAGAGAGAGAGAGAGAGAGAGGAGCAGAGCCGCAGAGAGGCGAACACGGCGGCAGGGUUGCGAGAAAGAGGCGAAGCGAGGGCUUCUCGAAACCCUAGAAAUCUCAAAGGAGGUAUUUAAAUCAAAACUAGUAAAAGUUGAGAUCUUGUUCCAAUCUUUCGGCCCUUUGAAAGAGCUGGGAAUCUGUUCUGCUGUACGUAUCUUAAAGCUGGAUUAAGGUGUUCAUUUCACACAGAUUUUUGUCAGUGUGGAUAGGAAGCGAUCGCAUAAAAGGGUUUCCUUGUGGAACCUCAAUCGUGAUUAUUUAUCUAUCUAUAUAUCUGUUUAAACACCAAAAUAUUUGCACUGGAGCGUCUAGGGAACCCGGGGACUAUGUCUUCCUUGAGCAGGGAGCUCGUUUUCCUCAUACUGCAGUUCCUGGAUGAAGAGAAGUUUAAAGAAAGUGUUCAUAAGCUGGAACAAGAAUCAGGUUUCUACUUCAAUAUGAAGCACUUUGAGGACCAGGUUCAGGCUGGGGAGUGGGAUGAGGUCGAGAAAUAUCUCUCUGGGUUCACCAAGGUCGAAGAUAACAGAUACUCUAUGAAGAUCUUCUUUGAGAUAAGGAAGCAGAAAUAUCUUGAAGCUCUUGAUAAACAUGACCGGGCAAAAGCAGUUGAAGUACUCGUCAAGGAUCUCAAAGUCUUUGCUUCCUUUAAUGAAGAACUCUUCAAGGAGAUUACUCAAUUGCUGACUCUUGAGAACUUCAGACAGAAUGAGCAGCUCUCCAAGUAUGGGGAUACAAAGUCUGCCAGAAAUAUAAUGCUCCUUGAGCUUAAGAAGCUUAUUGAAGCUAAUCCACUGUUUCGUGACAAGCUUGCAUUUCCAGCAUUUAAAGGUUCUAGGCUGAGGACAUUGAUCAAUCAAAGUCUUAACUGGCAGCACCAACUCUGCAAGAACCCACGCCCGAACCCUGAUAUUAAAACACUUUUUGUUGAUCACUCAUGUGCUCCCACUAAUGGUGCGCGCCCACCUCCUCCUGCCAAUGGUUCCCUGGUUGGUCCUAUUCCUAAAUCUGGUGCAUUCCCUCCACUGGGUGUUCAUAGUCCAUUUCCACCAGUCAUUUCUCCUUCUCCAAGUGCUAUCGCUGGGUGGAUGUCAAGUUCUAACCCAUCUCUUGCACAUGCUGUGGUGGCUCAAGGUCCACCAGGCCUUGUGCCACCACCAAAUGCCGCUGCAUUUCUAAAGCACCCAAGGACUCCUACAAAUGCUCCUGGAAUGGAUUAUCAAACCGCUGAUUCUGAACACUUGAUGAAGAGAAUGCGCACAGGCCCAUCUGAUGAGGUGUCAUUUGCUGGUCCCUCUCAUCCGCUUACCAUUUAUUCACAAGAUGAUCUUCCUAGAAUAGUGGUACGGACUCUUAAUCAAGGUUCUAAUGUUACAAGCUUGGACUUUCAUCCACAACAGCAGACAAUUCUUUUAGUGGGGACAAAUGUUGGUGAUAUUGGAAUAUGGGAAGUUGGAUCUCGGGAGAGGAUAGUGAAUAAGACAUUCAAGAUUCGUGAGAUCUCAAACUGCUCAGUGCCCUUGCAGGCAGCAUUGGUCAAAGAUGCUACUGUUUCUGUCAGUCGAUGCUUAUGGAGUCCUGAUGGGUCUAUCCUUGGUGUUGCAUUUUCAAAGCAUAUAGUCCAGACAUUUGCUUUUAUAUCUAAUGGAGAAUUGAGACAACUGUUGGAGAUUGAAGCUCACACUGGUGGGGUUAAUGACAUUGCUUUUUCACAUCCCAACAAGAGUUUGUCUAUAAUCACCUGUGGUGAUGAUAAAACUAUCAAGGUGUGGGAUGCCACGACAGGACAAAAGCAGUAUAUAUUUGAAGGACAUGAAGCUCCUGUAUAUUCAGUCUGUCCUCAUUACAAGGAGAAUAUCCAGUUCAUUUUCUCUACCGCUAUUGAUGGGAAGAUCAAAGCCUGGCUCUAUGAUUGUAUGGGAUCUAGAGUUGAUUAUGAUGCGCCAGGACUUUCAUGUACGACAAUGGCAUAUAGUGCAGAUGGUUUAAGGCUUUUUUCUUGUGGAACUAGUAAGGAUGGUGACUCUCACUUAGUUGAGUGGAAUGAGACGGAAGGAGCAAUAAAAAGGGAAUAUUCUGGCUUUAGAAAGCGCUCACCGGGAGUUGUACAGUUUGAUACUACUAGGAAUCGGUUUUUGGCUGUUGGAGAUGAAUCUAUGAUUAAGUUUUGGGAUAUGGACAGUACAAACAUACUGACAACAACAGAGGCUGAUGGGGGUUUGCCUGCAAGUCCUCGACUCAGAUUCAACAAAGAGGGUUCAUUUCUUGCUGUUACAACAAAUGAUAAUGGCAUCAAGAUCCUUGCAAAUGCUGAUGGGCAGCGCUUGAUAAGAAUGUUGGAGAGUCGGGCACUUGAGGGUUCUCGAGGUGCUUCCCAACAUAUACACGUGAAGGUACUCAUCCCAAAUCCUUCAGUUGGUAAUGCAAUGAAUGCUGUUCACAAUGUUUCUAGUUCCCAAAUUAUCGCUGAGCGCUCUGACAGAAAUUCACCUGCAUUGCCAAUGACUAACCUGGCUACUAUUGACAGCACCAGGACUGUAGAUGUUAAACCAAGAAUUUUAGAUGAUGUGGACAAGAUCAAGACCUGGAAAUUGGCUGAUAUCGUUGAUUCUGGUCACCUCAAAGCUUUGCUAUUGCCCGACUCUAUGACAACCACAGCAAAGGUGGUGCGCCUGUUGUAUACAAAUUCUGGACUGUCUCUGUUGGCUCUCACACUCAAUGGAGUACACAAAUUGUGGAAGUGGCAACGUACUGAAAGAAAUCCAUCUAUAAAGUCCACAGCUUCCAUUGCACCUCAGUUAUGGCAACCAGCAAAUGGUAUUGUCAUGUCUAAUGAAACUGGUGACAACAGCAUGACUGAAGAAUCAACUGGUUGUAUAGCUUUGUCAAAGAAUGAUUCCUAUGUUAUGUCUGCCUCUGGGGGAAAGGUUUCUCUGUUCAACAUGAUGACCUUCAAGGUAAUGACAACUUUCAUGGCACCACCCCCUGCGGCCACUUAUUUGGCAUUUCAUCCUCAAGAUAAUAACAUUAUUGCAAUUGGAAUGGAUGACUCAACCAUUCAAAUUUAUAAUGUCCGGAUUGAUGAGGUUAAAACAAAACUGAAGGGUCACCAGAAGAAAAUCACAGGACUUGCAUUUUCCCAGAUGAUGAAUGUGCUAGUCUCUUCAGGGGCAGAUGCACAAUUGUGCUUAUGGAGCAUUGAUGGAUGGGAGAAGAGGAAAGCAAAAUUUCUUCAGGCACCAGCUGGUCGGGCAGCUCCAUUAGUUGGGGAAACAAAAGUUCAGUUUCACAAUGACCAGGUUCAUUUAUUGGUCAGCCAUGAAAGUCAACUGGCAAUCUAUGAUGGCAAGCUUGAUUGUGUUCGAUCGUGGUAUCCUAGAGAUGCACUCUCUUCACCCAUUUCAAGCGCAAUAUACUCUUGUGAUGGUGCUUUAGUGUAUGCGGGUUUCUGUGAUGGUGCAGUUGGGAUCUUUGAUGCAGAUAGUCUGAGACUUCGGUGCAGGAUUGCUCCUUCUGCCUACUUAUCUCCUGUCUCUUCCAGCUCUGGAAGUGUUUAUCCUACAGUGAUUGCUUCACACCCAUCAGAGCCAAAUCAGAUUGCCCUGGGAAUGAGCGAUGGGGCUGUUUAUGCGGUGGAGCCAUCAGAUGCGGAACCCAAAUGGGGGGCACCACUUCCCCAAGACAGUGUGCCUCUGCCUCCCAUUUCCUCCAUUCCAACUUCUUCCUCUGCUCAGCCUUCUGAACCCCCUCCUAGGUAGAUUCUCGCACACCCUGCCUUUUUUGUGCGAUCAGGGUACAAAGAAUGCCUCCCAAGAAGCUGCAUAUGCCAAGAAGAAAAGAAGAUUGCAGAUGACUAAUUAUUAAUGUUAGUAUUAGUGGCAGUAGUGGUAGCAGUACUAUUUAUUAGUAAUAAUAGUAGCAGUGUUUUGUGUUUGUGUAUGUAGUAACUAGUAAGAGUGCCCCUCCCCUUCCCUGACCAGGAUGAAAACGCAGCAGCAGCAGCAGCAGCAGGGUUGUUCGUUCCAUCUCUCAAAUUCUUUUUGUUUUUCAAUUUGGGAAUAUAUCCUGUGCUGCUGUGACAUAGACAAUAACAUAUUUGUGUGCUUUUGGCUUUUAAUAUUUUUCUUGUAAAGCUGCUGAUAGUUUCUUCUUCAAGAGUGUUUACAAUGUUUGUUUUAUAGGAUAACAUUUUUAAAUUUACAAGUGAUCAUAUGCGUCAACAAUUUCCUUUCCUA